AACCCUAUCAUAGCUACUAGUCAAAACAGUUCGAGGGACAACUACGAUGCAUUCUAUGAAUUUGAGAACAGCUGGUCAGUCAAAGCAAUGCGCCUAGGUCCAAAUAUUGCAUGCAGUGAGCGGAGAGGCGAUGAUCUUGCAAAGGCGGUGUUUAUUGUGCUUUGUGCUGUCGCAUGGCUGCGGGUCCAGGGUGAUCGGGCCUGCAUCAAUGGCUUGGGACUCACAUUCACCUUAUUCAAAACAACAGCACAUUGUAUGCCAUGCUCGCAUUGAUGCUACUGGCGAUCCGCGACUCGGCCGAGUCUGUUCUGCAGUAGCGCGAUUUGCAGCUCGCUACCUCAUGGUCGCGCUGGACCGAUUCCUAAAAUAGAAACCAUUGGAUUGAUACUUCCGGAAAUUGUUUUUGUAAUGACGGCC